GGCUUUGCGACGCUGCCGUAAAAAGCCAACCUUUCCACUGUCGCGAUCCUGCCGUACGCGCGGGCUAUGGCGGCUUUGCGGCCCGGAAGCAAAGCGCUUCGCCGGCUUCUCUGCCGGUCUUUCUCCGGUGGCGGUGUUAGGCCGGCCCGCGAGCGCGUUACGGAUCGCAGGGAUGCAGCGUCCGGCCGGGUCUCAGGAUUCUGCCCUCCAAGACAGUCUUGCCAUGAUUGGAUAGGCCCCCCAGACAAAUACUCAAACCUUCGUCCUGUUCAUUUUCACAUCCCUGAAAACGAGUCUCCCUUGGAGCAAAGGCUUAGAGAGUUGAGACAAGAAACGCAAGAAUGGAAUCAGCAGUUCUGGGCCAAGCAGAAUUUGUCCUUUAAUAAGGAAAAAGAAGAAUUCAUUUACUCAAGACUACAAGCUAAAGGCCUGCGAACCAAGUCAGGCCAAAGAGCAACGCUGGAUGCAGAGGAGAUGGCCGACUUCUAUAAGGACUUUCUGAGUAAGAAUUUCCAGAAGCACAUGUGCUAUAACCGAGACUGGUACAAGCGUAACUUUGCCAUCACCUUCUUCAUGGGGAAGGUGGCCCUGGAGAGGAUGUGGAGCAAGCUGAGGCAGAAGCCAAAGAGGACGAGCAGCUAGGAGGAGCCACCGAGCCAGACCCGCAGCACCAGGUUCCGCUUCUGAGGCCCUGGAAACUGAGUGAGCACAAGUCCUGUGGCCUGGGUCCAGAUCUUUCCUGACUGCAUCCCCACCUGGCUCAGCCUCAUCAACUUACUGUAUGCUUAUUGUCUGUAUUUUGAAUUAUAUCAGUUCAGAAUAUAGCAAUGUAAAAAUGUGAAUAAAGGUUCAGUGCAAGAAUUUAAA